AUAGAAAUACGACCUCUUCAGCGUCAUUCCCGAGUAUAAAUACAAGCAAGCUGACCAGGGAAGGCAGAGUCGCUGCACUCCUCCUCCUGACCAGUUGUAUCGUUCCCUGCUCCUCGUCGGCUGUUCAGGAUGUGGCGCUUGACGGGGACGCUGCUGCUGGCCGCUUUGGCAUCAGCUUCACCCCAGCAGUUCAAUUACCCUGAACCUGAUCAUGGUUACCUUCCCCCGGUCCCUACUGAGACGAUAUGUAAAGUUGAGCCUAUUAUAUCUGUGGUAGUUACAACCAGAGUUCUGACCUCUGUCACUGUCCAGACUAUCAACGAAAUAGACACACGCUACCGCACAACCACCCUUGUAAGCCGGGAGGUCGUCCCCACCACGCUGUACCGGACUAGUGUACAGACACGAGUCCAAUAUCAGACCAGUGUGGUCCAACGGACCACUGUCCGUUAUGUGGACCGAGUGGCGACACAGACCGUGCCCAGCCCUCCCCUCCAGGAGACCGUUUACAUCACCACGACCCGUGUCGUGCCUCAAGUCAGCUACGUCACGCGAACUCAAGUAGAGACACAGGUUGUGCCUGUGGAAGUCACUCGCACACAAGUUCAAACAAUAACUCGGCCUGUUACGAACUACGAGACGGAAAUUGAACGAGCUACCCGAGUUAUUACCGCACCUGGCCCGACAACAAUUCGCACCCGCGUGCAGACACUGGUCCAGACUUCCGUGGUCCGCCAACAGCAGCCCGAUAACACCCGCUACGUCACCUCCACCAGCGUGCGACAGGUAGUCCAGACCAGUGUGGUCACGGCCCAGGAUGAUGUCCGCACCAGCGUGGUCCAGCGCCAGCAGGUCAUCCCCUACACCUCCGUCAACACACGCUACGAAAACGCUUACACCACUCGCGAGCAGGUCGUCACCCGCACCAGCAUCGUUGUCCAGACGCAGGUCCGCACACAGGUUGUUCCCCAAGAGGUGGUGCGGACCCAGGUGGUGCCCACCACCAUCUACACCACCAUCUACAGGACCCAGGUGCAGCCCUUCACCCAGGUGCAGACGGUGGUCCAGACCCAAAACGUCACUCCAGCUCCAGUCUACCAGACCCAGGAGGUGACCCGCACCUCAGUAGUGCGAGUCCCCGGCCAGGACCGCGUUGUAACCCAGCCGGUUGUGCAGACUCAGCAGCAGCAGCAGGUCGUGUACCGGACAGUCAACCAGCCCCAGCAGGUCACUGUCACCAAGACCGUCACUGGAACUUGCGGUUACAACUACUAUGAGCCUGAAGUGCCCUUCGACAUCAGAGGACAAUUAUAAAUGCUUAGCAAGCCUCGCCCAUUCUGUGACUUUUGUGGAGUGAUAAAACAGUCCUUUCAUAUCAUAUGAUUAGAGCGAAUAUGUGUACUCGUCGCAAUGUGGUCUAUCCUUUGUGAACAUUUACUACGGCGGUUUUGUUGAGAAAACUUUUCCUUGUAUGAAACAAAAAAAUCAGCCACUUUUGCUCUGUUUACUUAUUAAGC